AUGGCUAAGCACCACCCGGAUUUGAUAUUCUGCCGCAAACAACCAGGAGUGUCUAUAGGACGACUCUGUGAAAAAUGUGAUGGCAGGUGUGUUAUUUGUGAUUCAUACGUUCGUCCAUGCACUCUUGUCCGAAUUUGUGAUGAAUGCAACUACGGCUCGUACCAAGGAAGAUGCGUUAUAUGUGGAGGAACCGGCGUCUCAGACGCAUAUUACUGCAGAGAAUGUACAAUAAUGGAGAAGGACAGGGACGGUUGCCCCAAAAUAGUCAAUCUUGGAAGCGCUAAAACGGACUUAUUCUACGAACGGAAGAAAUAUGGGUUUAAAAAGACUUACUAG